AUGGAGGUAAUUUGCGACUUACAGCAGUCACAAUUGUGGAAUAAAGAAGCCUCGAAAGGUAAAGUUAUUGAUGCUUUUCUCGAUUUCCACGUGUACUGUCCGUUAAACAGGGCCCGGUGUAUGCAUUGUAUCAAAAAGUCAGUAGUGUACAACGUAUUUAGUGACAAAGCCAGAUAUUGCAGUCGUGGGGACACUGUUCUAGUCCAGUUCGCAUGUCACUAG